AUGGCUUUGUUAAUUGUGGCAUUGUCACUAAUUGGGUUAGUUCGUACUUCAUCUCUUUACGAGGUUGGAGACUCCAACGGAUGGACAACAACGAUGGGUCUUGAUUAUUACAAGACAUGGUCUUCUUCAAAAAAAUUCUACGUCGGUGAUAUACUCCUCUUUCAAUACAACGAGACUCUAAUUUACCUUAACCGAACCGGUCACUACUACUUCAUAUGUGGUGUGCCUGGUCAUUUCGAAUCUGGUCAGAAGCUUGACGUCCUAGUUGUGGAUCCUAUUAAUGAAUCAAACAGUCCUAAGCCUUCAGAGGAUCCUCUUGAGGUACUUCCAGUAGAUGAUGCAACGAUCGCAACACUUCCUUACAAUGCGGCAUCAGAUCCUUGUGGGUGGAAUGGGUUGAUAGUUCUAUCUACUUAG